GAGAAUUUUAGUGGGAUUCUGGAGUCAGUGAGUCACAUUUGUCCGGGCAUCGCGCUUCGUUAUUGCAAAGACUUGCUGGUUGUCUUACGUUUCAAUUGUACGAAAAUCAGAAAUUGCCGCAAGUAGUGUGCGUACGUGUUUUACCGACGUUUUGCUGGUUGCACACCAUACAAAAAUAAGCUAAAUAAAAUAAUUCCGACAGUAGUGCAACGACCAAAAGGUAUAGACCUUGGUCAGAUUGGCAGAUAUUUGAAAAAUGUACAGCGUUCACGUGACUCCCGGAGGAUCUUCGAGCAAGACAGGCACCGCGAGAGGACAUCCGGACAGUGAAAUCACUUACAAGGCUCGACGCCGAGAAUCUGUGCCAAUUCGUGUCAUCAAUUAUCUACGAUCCCAAUUCAAAGCCGAGGAAAUACCAGAGGGUGAGCUUGAAGAAUUGACCGGAGUGUUGGCAAGUACCGGAGGUGGAGCUUUGACGCUCGGAGGACGUCACAGGCCGGAAGAGUUGACUACGCUGGCUGCGACUACUCGGUUUUCACGAAAAGAAAUCCAGCUCAUCUACAGAGGAUUUAAACAAGAAUGUCCCAGCGGUCUCGUAGACGAGGAAGCCUUUAAACAGAUUUUUUCCCAAUUCUUUCCCCAAGGAGAUGCGAGUCAAUACGCGCACUAUGUAUUCAAUACGAUGAAGCGCAAACAGUCUGGUAAAAUAAGCUUUGAGGAAUUUCUAACUAUUUUAUCAAAAGUAUCCCGUGGGUCAGUUGAAGAGAAACUCCAGUGGGUAUUCGGGCUCUAUGAUCUGGAUGGCGACGGGCUGAUUAGCAAAGACGAGAUGCUCGAUGUGGUUGGUUCGAUUUAUGAAAUGCUUGGACGAUAUACGCAGCCCCAAUGCGCUGAGCCUCAAUUAGCGGCUCGGGAGCACGUCGAACGUAUAUUUCACUUAAUGGAUACAAAUAAGGAUGGCGUGGUAACAAUUGAGGAACUGGUCCAGUGGUGUUCUAAAGAUGAGCAGCUUCUUCGCAGCUUGGACACCCUAGAUACAGUCUUGUGAAAUUACUUUUUCUUGUACUAAUUAUUUACCAUAUGCUCAGUAACCUCGUGAUAACGUGUUCGUCGUUCUAAAAUUUUCUGCAUAAAGGUUUCUUCGUACUCUAAUUUUUAAUAGUAUCGUCGCGAAAAUUUUCAUUCUAAAUGCAAUGGAAAUUUAUUGACCAUGGUUGCAGUGUGGUUCAAACACAAGUUAUGCAACAAUCAUAGCAUCUCGUGUCUUUCGAAUUCCCCGAAACACACAUUCUUUCAUUUUUACCUCGGUUCGUUUUAUUCACAUUUAGACAGCUGAUUGUUCCCAAGAGACCGUUAAAUAUGGUGCAGAAAACUUUAUGAGCCUCUCCUGUAAAUAUUUUCCUACCCAGUCUUUCAAACGUGCAAUUGCAUAAUUCCAGUAUUAUUAUUAUUAUAUAAGUAUCAAUGAAUCCGAUAUAUUAGUCACUUUUUCAAUAUCCCAGUCGACGCAGUUUUAAAAAAGUACCAAUGAAUUCUCAA